AUGCAGUUCUCUAUUGCCGCUAUUGCCGUCGCUUUCGCCUCUCUGGCCGCUGCCAUGCCCACUGAGUCUGGCAUGCAGGACCAGGAGGCUGGCCACGUCCGCUUCCCCGUCCCCAAGGGCAUGACCGUCAAGGAGGCUCAGUCCAAGUGCGGUGACCAAGCCCAGCUCUCUUGCUGUAACCGGGCUACCUACGCCCAUGACACCACUAAUGUCAACAAGGGCCUUGGUGCUGGUCUUCUGUCACACCUGAUCGGCACUGGCUCCGGUGCCGACGGUGUUGGUAUCUUCCGCCAAUGCUCCAAGCUGGAUGUUCAGAUCCCUGUUAUCGUUGCUAUCCCUAUCCAGGAUGUCCUUGACCAGCGCUGCAAGCAAAACAUUGCCUGCUGUGCUAACUCUCCCUCCUCUGCCUCCAGCGACCUGGUUGGCGCCGGCCUUCCUUGUGUUGCUCUUGGCUCCAUCCUCUAA